AUGGGGAAAGAGCAGAAGUCAUUCUGUAGUAAAGUGGAUUACCCUGCUUUGGAGAAUGACAUCAUGUCUGACAAGCUGAGGAUCUGUAAAAAUCAAUCAGAAGGGAGAAACUGUGCUGUGGGAGUUAAAGCUAUAUUUCUGAUCGCUCUCCCCCCUACCUCCCUCCUCACUCCCCCUCCCUCAACAGCCACCCCUUGUAUCAAGGCCAUCAGCCCCAGUGAGGGCUGGACUACAGGCGGGGCUACAGUCAUUAUCAUUGGAGAAAACUUCUUUGAUGGACUUCAGGUCAUAUUUGGUACCAUGCUGGUCUGGAGUGAGCUCAUCACAGCCCACGCCAUCCGGGUGCAGACUCCCCCAAGACACAUCCCCGGGGUUGUAGAGGUCACGCUGUCAUACAAAUCUAAACAGUUCUGCAAGGGCACACCUGGACGCUUCAUAUACACAGCGUUGAAUGAGCCCACUAUAGAUUACGGCUUCCAGAGGUUACAGAAGGUCAUCCCCAGACAUCCAGGAGACCAGGAGAGACUACCUAAGGAAGUCAUUCUAAAGAGAGCGGCAGACUUGGUAGAAGCGCUGUACGGGAUGCCACACAACAACCAGGAGAUGAUUCUGAAGCGGGCAGCAGACAUGGCAGAGGCGUUGUACACAACGUUGCCACGCAGCCACAACCAGCUGACUGGGAUGGGCAGCGGCUCCGUCCACGCCGGCAUGAUGGCCGUCAACUCCUUCCCCGGGUCAGAGGUCACACAGAUAGCCAAUCAGGGUUACAGUAGGAGUAGCAGCAGUGCAUCUCCUCAUGGUUAUGUCCCCAGCACCACUCCACAGCAGACCAGCUACAGCUCUGUUUCCACUAGCAUGAACAGCUACACUAACUCUGGCAUGACCACGCUAGGAACCUCACCCAACUUCCUCAACGGGUCAGCCACCAACUCACCCUACGCUAUCGUUCCCUCCAGUCCCACCAUGGCCCCCACCACCAAUCUUCCAUCCAACUGCAGUAGUUCUUCAGGCAUCUUCUCCUUCUGUCCGGCCAACAUGGUGUCUGCUGCGGUCAAACAGAAGAGCGCCUUCGCCCCUGUAGUACGGCCGCAGACCUCCCCUCCACUCACCUGCACCAGCGCUAUUGCUAACGGACUGCAAGAUCAGUCUUUUGUGGACUCUAGCAAGUACUCCUCCUCCAGCUCUCUUCAGGGUCUGGCCUUCUCCUGAAUGAUUCCCGGGAUGAUUGUUCCAUCCAUAAAGAUCUGUGAACGUUGAGGAUUUGGGAAUGUUGACAGGAAGAGAACAUGUCUGAUGUGUCUCUGUGUCACACUCCUACCCUCUGGACCUGAAUAGAACACUGAACUCAAAAUGGAAGCCUUGUUAAACUUAGGCCUUUAUAGAAGGAAUCUCAUUGGAAGGAAGAAAGAUGAAGAAGAGGACGAAAAUAACAUUUUUUCAUUAAUUCCCUUUCCGGUGAAUUUGUGAACCUUCUCAGACACAACUUGGAGUCAAAUAAUAAAGUUAUUUAAAGUGAAUUGAACUGAAUUGAACAGAAUUGUAUUUAAUGGAAUUGACAAAAGACUGUAAGAUGCCUCAUGACCCUGUCCACACCCCAAUUGAGUGAUAAUAUGUAUGACCUCAUGACCCUGUCCACACCACAGUUCAGUGACAAUAUGACUGACCUCAUGACAAAAGCAUUUAUUUAUGUUUUCUGUGUAUUUAUUGGUAUAAUGUUUAAGUUUGAUCUAUUGUAUGCCUUCUUACAGACUGUAACACAUACAAACAACACUGAAGCUGAUUGGCUAUACAGGUUUGUGUAAGUGGAUAGCUCCAACAUGACUGGAUAGGAGUUAACAGAGGUUGUAAACAAAGUUGUCUCGUAUCAGUUUACAUUUAGUAACUGUAAACAAUGUAUAGCCUCAAAAACACGGUUAAACUUAGAAUUUCGAUAUGAUGGCUGAUCAGUCCUUGCAUCCAUAGCCCUGUCUAUGAUCAGUCCUUGCAUCCAUAGCCCUGUCUAUGAUCAGUCCUUGCAUCCAUAGCCCUGUCUAUGAUCUGUCCUUGCAUCCAUAGCCCUGUCUAUGAUCAGUCCUUGCAUUCAUAGCCCUGUCUAUGAUCAGUCCUUGCAUCCAUAGCCCUGUCUAUGAUCAGUCCUUGCAUCCAUAGCCCUGUCUAUGAUCAGUCCUUGCAUCCAUAGCCCUGUCUAUGAUCAGUUCUUGCAUCCAUAGCCCUGUCUAUACAUUUGAGAGUAGUUACACAUCUCCAUCUCUCAGCUUUUUACUGAAACAGUGGUGGCGACAAUAGUUUGUUACUGAUUCAACUGCGGAAUGCCCCUUUAAAGGUUUAAAACAGACUGAGCUGAAAGAUAACUUCUACAAUGUUGAUGAAUAUUUUUGCUGCUUACUUAUCAAAGAAAUGCAAUCAGAGAUGUGCGAUUCCCUUUUCAUUUCAAUCAGAAAACACAUUUUAUAAAAUAUCUGAUUAGAAGUACUAUUUAUGUAAUAUAUUUGUGUGUAUAAAUAUCAAAAUGAUGGGUUCAUGAUUGGAUUUAUGUUGCUUUGUUUUACCAAAGUUCUACUUUAAAUAUAAUAUAAACAUGAAUAUGUCUAAAGGCAGCUGUCGACACAGAUGGUCGUUUCACUGUCAAGCUCUCAUCUACUGUAUACUUAGCAAGAAGCACGGAUUUGGAGACAAAAGAGGGACUUCUUUUAAAUAAUGUAUUUAUCUUUUGUAUGUGUACGUUUUGCAUUGCUUCUUGACCCUAAUUCUAUCUUGUUCUGUGUUAGUUUAUAAGUGUCAAAGUGCCACAGAGUUAUGUUUUGUCACCCACUAUGUAAAUGUGAACUCAUAUUUUAUUUUUAUUUUAUUUUGUACCAAGUUUAUUUUGUGCUGUGUUGUCUAGCCAAGCUUCCAUGUGUUAUUUCCCAUCCAAAACUGUUGCCAUUUCUUUCAUUAUUUGUGGGUUAAUAAAAGUUUCGUUUUUCCUGA